UACAAUUAUAAUAAUAAAAGAAAUAAUUUAAUAAAUAAUAAAAAAAAAAUUUAAAAUAGAAUUCAAGAAAAAAAAAUUCACAUAUAAUAAAAAAAAAAGUGAAAACAAUUAUUUUUCUAUUUUUGCUUUGCUUUCGGGAAAAUUAAAGCAAAUUGUUUGAAUUGAAUCGUUUUCAAUGAAAGAACAAGGAAAAUAAAAAACAAAAUAAGAAAUCAAUUAUAUUUACUUAAAAUAUCUAUUCUAUAUUAUUGAAAAAUUAUUCCAAUAAUAAUAAACAAAUUUAAAUAAACGAUAUAAAAGAAUUGUUCUUCAACAAAUACACAAAUAAAAAAAUUAGUUGAAAAAAAAUUGAAAAAGAAAAAAAAAAAAAAUCUAGAAAAUGUAAAAAUAUCAAUUUGUUUACAAAAAUAAAAUAUUUAAAGAAAUUGUUAUUAAAACAUUAAUUAAAUAAACAAACAUAAAAAAAAAUUAUAUUAAUUAAAAAAAUAUAUAAAAUCUUUACAAAAUUAAAACGUUAAAUUAUAAAAUUAACAAAAUUGAUCCAAAUCUAUAUAAAAUGGCCACCCUUUCAACACAUCCACAUUAUGGAUUUCAAUUAUCCGGCGGGUUAGAUAUACCAACACCAGGUGAUUAUGCACCACAACCAACAAUUAGCCCAUCAGAAAUUGGUAUGAAACGUGCUAUGCAAUUUUCACAACAAGGCAGUCUUGCCGCUAUUUCAGCUGCAAUGAAUGGACAUGGUUCACCAAAUGGUGGACAUACCGGUGGCAGUAGCGGUAAUUCAAUUAUGGGAACUGCAAGUAUGGGUGGACAUCAUCAUUCACCAACAAAUCCACAUCAUCAUCAUCAUCAACAUUCUGGUAUACAUUCAACAUCACCCGGUCAAGACGGUCAUAUUAAAAGACCAAUGAAUGCAUUUAUGGUAUGGUCAAGAUUACAACGACGUCAAAUUGCAAAAGAUAAUCCAAAAAUGCAUAAUUCUGAAAUAUCAAAACGUUUGGGUGCCGAAUGGAAAUUAUUAACUGAAUCAGCUAAACGUCCAUUUAUUGAUGAAGCGAAACGAUUACGUGCAUUACAUAUGAAAGAACAUCCAGAUUAUAAAUAUCGACCACGUCGUAAACCAAAAAAUCCAUUACAAGGUGGUCCCGGUGGUCAAGGUCUUAAUGGUAUGAAUAAUAAUAGUAAAUCAUUGAAUGCUGCUGCUGCUGCAUAUAAUCCAUUUCAUCAAUUACCACCAUAUUUUGCACCAUCACAUCCAUUAGAACAACCAUAUCCAGUACCAUAUUUUGGUGGUUUUGAUCCAUUAGCCUUAUCAAAAUUACAUCAAACACAGGCUGCUGCUGCAGCUGCUGCACAAAAUCAACCACAAAAUGCAUUAGAAGCACAAAAAGCACCACAAUUACCUCCAACAACAUUGAGUAGUUUUUAUUCAGGAAUAUAUAGUGGAAUGACAGCACCAUCAUUAUAUGCUGCCCAUUCGAAUGGUAUUUAUAAUAAUUCAACAUCAUCAUCAGCAUCACCGGGUUCAAGUCCAGGUGGUACAAUACCAAGUACAACACAAGGUAUGACAGAUGUUAUGGAUAGUGCGUUAAGAAGGCCGGUUCCUGUUCUUUAUUAGAAUGUUGUUUUUUUUUUUUCCUAAUUUUAUUCUAUAAUUUUUUUUUUUUUUUAGUUAAGUGUAGGUUUAUUAUUAUUUUGAUUAUACUUAAAUAUACCUAAGCAUUAAUAUCCAAGAAUUUUUUUCUUAAAUUUUAGUAAAAACAAAAAAUAAAAUUGUUAUUUAAAGUAUUUUAAUUAAACAUUUUAAAUUGUUUGAAAAUUUAAUUUUUUUUUUGCUAAAAUAUUGUCAUUCAACAAAAUAAUAUAUGGAUAACAUAAUUAGCUUUUGAGUUAUUAUAGUUCAAAUGAUGUUAAAAAUUUAAAUUAAUUAUAUAAAUGAAA